AUCACAACCAUGCCCGCCCAACAACAAGGCCUGAUUCUCUCUAUCAACGCCGGCUCCUCCUCUCUCAAGAUCUCCCUCUUCAAGCCUUCGAGAUCCUCCUCGUCGGACAAGGACCCCGUCGCGGACCUCCUCCUCGAAUCUUCCAUCGACGACCUCUCCUCCCCGCCCGCGCGCUUCACCCUCAAGCACGAAGACGCCUCUCCGUCCGACUCGUCCCAAGACGUCAAGAAAGAACAAAAGGAUGACAUCAAAGACCACGCGUCCGCGUUCUCCUACUUCCUAGACCAUCUGGAGCACGAAUCCGGCAUCAAGAAGGCGGACAUCAAGCAGGUCUGCCACCGCGUCGUCCACGGCGGCGACUACUCCGAGCCCGUCACCAUCUCCUCCGAGACCUACCACCACAUCGAGAAGCUCACCGACCUCGCCCCUCUACACAACGGCGCCGCGCUAGCCGUCAUCCAAGCCUGCCUCAAAUCCCUCCUGAACGCGCGCUCGAUCGCCUACUUCGACACUACGUUCCACCGCGCCCUCCCCGCCCACGUCUCCUCCUACGCCAUCGACCCCUCCGUCGCCCGCCCGCGCGGCCUCAAGAAAUACGGCUUCCACGGUAUCUCCUACGCCUACAUCCUCCGCACCGUCUCCUCCCACCUCCGCAAACCACCCACGGGGGUCUCCAUCAUCGCCCUGCACCUCGGCUCCGGCGCCUCCGCCUGCGCCAUCCACGCCGGCCGCUCCAUCGACACCUCCAUGGGCCUCACCCCGGUCCACGGCCUGCCCGGCGCCACCCGCGCCGGCGCGAUCGACCCCAGCCUCAUCUUCCACUACACCAACACCGCCGGCCGCAUCUCGCACGACCCCGCGCACGCGACGAACGUGGGCGUCACGGAGGCCGAGGAGAUCUUGAACAAGAAGAGCGGGUGGAAGGCGAUGGCCGGUUCCGCCGAUUUUAGGGAGAUCGCGAAACGGGAUACGGACGCGAAGAGGUUGGCGUUCGACCUGUUUGUGGAUCGUAUCUUGGGAUACGUCGGCGCCUACUUCGUCGCCCUGCAGGGCAACGUCGACGCCCUCGUCUUCUCCGGCGGCAUCGGCGAAAAGUCGGUUGAGCUCCGCGAACGUAUUGCGGGGCGCGUGCGGUGUUUAGGGUUCAAACCCGUGGAUCCGAAGAAGAACGCGGGUGUGGGGAAUGUGGAGGGGGCGGUGGUGGAUAUUACGGCUGUGGAAGGAGGGGAAGGGGAAGGGGAAGGGAAGAGGGUGAUGGUGUGUAGGACGGACGAGCAAUACGAGAUGGCGAGGGAGUGCGUGCUGGAGGAUGGGUUCUGGAAGUGA